AUGAGCAUGCUCGAGCGCUUCGCAAGGUAUAACCAAGGCACGAGAUCCCGCCGCGACGUACCGAAACUAAACAUAAAACCUAAACCCGCGGGCUUCAACAACGAUGGACAAGAGCGCGGCUUGUUUAGUAGGAAACGGGAUAUCGUGAACCAGAUUCUAAGCCCGACCGUCAAGCAUUUCGGGUUCGACGGAGCUAGCAACUCGCCGUUUAGUAGGAGAUCGCCGCCUCCGAGAGGUAUCGAAACUCCCCCGUAUCCCCUACGCCAACCGGCCUACUCUGAAGUCUCAUCCGAAUCAGACUUCGACUACGACCGCGGCGCGCUGCUCAGCCUAUCGGACUCGGUGCGGGCCAGCCUGCAGCACCACAAGACCAUCGGGCCGGACAACGAGCAGCUCAGCGCGUUCCUCGAGGCGGCGCAGCGCGACGAGGAGCUUAGGAGGCCCGCGCUCGACUUCGAGACCGUGGAGUACGCGCGGCUAGACAAGCUGCUCGCGGAGCUGCUGCAUCAUGCCGAUGUGCUGCGGAUGUCGACGUCGUCGAUGUCGGUGGGGCUAGAGACAGAGCUGAUCACGCCGGUUAGGAGCACGCACGAGACGCAUAACCCGCACAUCGGCACCUGGACAGCUAGGAACGGCGGCGCGGGGGGCGGUGCGGGGAGGAAGCGGGAAACCCAGGCGGUAGCGGAGUUGUCGCCUAGGUACGGCGCCGACCUGGCCGCGGCUAAGAACCUGCUGCGCGCGUGGCGGAGGAGAUUCAGGGAGCAGUAUUUCAUGAUGGAUCAGCAUCGCUGCGCGGUGCUGGUUAAGGGCGGCAGGCUCAAGGAUGUUAGCUUCGAUAGCUCGCUGUCGUAUGAUUUGGGCAAGUGGCAUACGAAGGUUAGUGAUCCGAUUUCGGAACUAGAGGGGAAUUUGGGGUUUGAGACUGGACACUGGUGGCUGAAUCUUACGUGUGCCGAACGCGAUGGCAUAGUGGCGAGCUCGUUCGAGAAACCGACGAAGGGGCGAUAUGGAAUUACGGCGCUGCCGCUGAUGACGGGACAAGAGGAGAUGAUACGCCCGAAUACGUAUAAAUAUGUGCGUGUUGGGAGGGCCAAGGAUAUGCACAUCGCUCUGAUAUCCCAGGUCGGCCGACAGAUCCGGGUUCUUCGGGGAUAUAGGUUAAAAAGCAUACUCGCGCCACAAGCUGGCGUUCGGUAUGAUGGACUAUUCACCAUCAAGCAAUACGGAUCCAAGCAAGACAGCAAGACAAACCUCUGCCGCCUCGAACUGACCCUCGAACGUGCCCCGAACCAGAAGAAGACUCUAGAGGAGAUUAGGAAGAUCCCUAGGCCGUCUCAACUCGAUGAUUGGAAUUUGUACGAGAAGCUCGAGGGAGACAAGAUUAAGCUGCUUCAGGGGGAGUCGAGUUACUUGGAGUGGAAGCUCAGACGCCAAGAGGAAAAUAUCGAAAGAGAGGAUUGGAGAAGAGCGAGGCUGUUUAAAGCUUCUUUCGCCCAUUGA